AUGACCAAUCAAUCGCCUUUUUUGGCUCGGGUAUUAUCGGCUGUUUUUUAUGGAAUUAUAUCGGUUUUGAUUGUUUUUGUAAAUAAGAUUUUGUUAACGAAUUUAAGGUAAGUUUUUGAAAUCGAAUUUUUUUGACUUUAUUUUCAAAAUUGAAAAGAACAUGUGAAAAAGCAUUCCCCAAAAACUACAUAUUUAUCACACAAACCUUUUUUUCUAGAUUUCCAUCAUUUUUAUUUGUUGGAGUCGGACAAAUGCUUGCCACAAUUGCCAUUCUUUUCAUUGCUCGAUUAUUUCGCCUCGUUCAAUUUCCUUCAUUAGAUUCUUCAAUUCCUCGAAAAAUCAUGCCACUUCCACUUUUGUAUUUUUUCAAUCUGAUUUCUGGUCUCGGUGGAACACAAAUGAUCAACUUGCCAAUGUUCACGGUUUUGAGACGAUUUUCGAUUUUGAUGACAAUGAUUCUCGAAUUUUAUAUUUUGGAGUGAGUUUUUUGAGCUCGAAAAGUUGUACAACUGUUGAAUUAUGGAAUUCGAAAUGAUUAUGGAAAUUUUAAAGAUUUGUUUUGAAUUCAAAGCUUCCAUUAAUAUUUAGAAAAUAUUAUUUUUACAUCGAAAUCCUCGUUAGUUUGGUGCGAAAACUUUAAAUUUAGAUUUAAUAACAAAAAAUUAAAAUUUGCACCAAAAACCUACAGUAUUCCUAUUUUUUCAGGGUUCGAGCAUCGCGAGCUGUUAAAAUAUCAGUUGGUCUCAUGAUUUUGGGUAGUUUCAUUGCAGCAAUUUAUGAUUUGACUUUCGAUUCUGUUGGAUAUAUGAUGAUUUUUGUAAAUAAUAUCUGCACAGCUGCUCUCGGAGUUUAUACAAAACAAAAAUUGGAUGCGAAAGAUCUUGGAAAAUAUGGAUUAAUGUUUUAUAAUUGUUUAUUCAUGGUUUUGCCAGCUUUGUGUGUUGUGAAAUAUACUGGAGAUCUUGAUAAGGUAAAUAACUUAUUUUUAUGAAAAAUAUUUUGAAAUUUUAAUUUAGGCUGUCGAAUUCAUGAAAUCGGAUAUGAUGACAUCAUCAGUUUGGAUUGCUCUUAUUCUUUCUUGCAUUUGUGGUUUCAUCCUCAAUUAUUCAUUAGUUCUUUGCACUCAUCAUAAUUCAGCACUUACAACAACUUGUGUUGGACCAAUCAAAAAUCUCUUCGUAACUUAUGUCGGAAUGUUUUCAAGCGGUGAUUAUAUUUUCCAAUGGGCUAAUUUCAUUGGAAUCAAUGUUAGUGUAUUUGGAAGUAUUCUUUAUACAUAUGUAACAUUCCGUGGUAAAUCAACAAGUAUUACUUAUAAACCAUUACCAACUACAAUUCUACCAACCGAUUUGAAAACGUCCAAAUUUUCGAGUUAA